AUGCAGGGCAAGGAAAUCAGAAUCACUGCACUCUUGGUGUUGGACACCAUCUUUCUUCUUUUGGAGGCCGGUGUCGGCUACACCGUCCAGUCGUUGGCGCUUGUUGCUGAUGCCUUCCACAUGUUGAACGACAUCAUCUCGCUAGUCGUUGCCCUUUGGGCAGUGAGAGUGAAGAAGCUGAAACCAGCGGAUGGUUCUUACACUUAUGGCUGGCAGAGAGCAGAGAUAUUGGGUGCGUUGAUCAACGCUGUUUUCCUUUUGGCCUUGUGCUUCACCAUCAUCAUCGAGGCCAUCAAUCGUUUUUUUAACCCACCAGAAAUCUCAUCGCCCAAAUUGGUGUUGGCAGUUGGUUUCGCAGGCUUGAUCAGUAACUUUGUUGGGUUGGUGCUUUUCCACGAGCACGGCCACUCUCACGGCGGCGGGGGCCACUCUCACGGAGGAAGCGGUCACAGUCACUCACACGAAGUUGACGAGGAAGAGACUGUGGGCGGCGAAGAAACGCCCACGUCGAACAUUUCAGACUUUUUCCCUGACAACGUGGUUGAAAGAUUUAACGAGAGGUCUCCUUUAGUGAAUAAGGACAGCCACAACCAUCAGCCUCAAAAGCAGAAGAAGAAGAAGUCUAUGAACAUGGAAGGUGUGUUCUUGCACGUUUUGGGUGACGCCUUGGGUAACGUUGGCGUGAUCAUCACUGCCUUGUUUAUCUGGAAGACUGACUACACGUGGAGAUUCUACAGUGACCCAUUGGUAUCUCUUGUCAUUACUGCCAUCAUUUUCUCCUCUGCUUUGCCUCUUUGCAGAAAGUCUUGUAAAAUUUUGUUGCAGGCGACUCCUCCAAGCUUGGACCCCAAUGUAAUUGCCGAGGAGAUCACCGUAUUGCCGACAAUCAAAUCCAUUCACGAUUUCCACAUAUGGAACUUGAACGAGGACUUCAUGGUUGCUUCUUUACACUUGGAACUAAACGAGUCCCCGGAAACUGGUGUUCAGGACCCCAAGGGUGAAGGUAUCAUCAACAAGAACGCUUUUGUAGAGACGGUGGCCCAGGUGAGAAGGCUCUUGCACAAGUAUGGUAUUGACUCCGUCACCAUCCAGCCUGAGUUCCCCAGACAAAUCCAAAGACAGUCGAGUACUCUUUAUGGAACUGCCAAAACAAGUGCUUCAUGCGCCUAA